AUGGCCUCCUCGGUGCUCAACGUCGCAGUCUUGGACGAUUACCAGGGCUUCUCCGAGAGCUUCUUUGCGACCCUCGACCCGGCAUCGUUCAAGGUGACCAUCUUCCGGGACACCCUCCGGCCUUACAACCACCCCGACACAACCGACACCGAGCGCGAUGCCCUAGUCGACCGUCUGGCACCGUUCCAGAUCCUUUUCCGGCCAGUGGCAGGUCUCCAUGGCCACAGCCCUCCCGGGGAAAGUCUUUGGCGUGCUCGGCCUCGGCCGCCUCGGCCUCAACGUCGCCCGCAUCAUGUCCACCCUCUUCGGCGUCCGCCUCGUCGCCUGGGCGAGAACCUCACCCAGGCCGUCGCCGACGAGCGCGUCGCCGCCGCGGGGCUCCCCGUCGAUUCUCCGUAUUUCCCCGGCGAGAAGACGGUGCGCGUCGUCACCAAGGAGGAGCUGUUUCGCGAGGCGGACAUUGUGAGCGUGCACCUCGUGCUCUCGGACCGCACGCGCGGCGUCGUGGCCGCUGAGGAUUUGGCGAGGAUGAAGCCGACGGCAUUUCUCGUCAACACGUCCCGCGGCCCGCUGGUCAAGGAGCGGGACUUGCUCGAUACUCUGAAGGAAGGCACGAUUGCGGGGGCGGCCAUUGACGUGUUCGAUAUGGAGCCUCUACCCGAGGAUAGCGAGUGGAGGACGGUGAGGUGGGGUACUGGCGGGACGAGCAGGGUGGUGUUGACGCCGCAUAUGGGUUACAUGGCCAAGGAGACGAUGACUACGUGGUAUGAGCAGCAGGUGGAGAAUAUCAAGCGAUGGGUUGCUGGAGAGGAGCUGAAUACCCGGUUGGUAUAA